AUGUCGGGAUCCACCAGUGACCAGCUGCACCGAUCCACGCUGACCGUCUACCUGAACCUGAUGGAGACCUUUAACCCGGGUCUCCAGAACCUGGUCUCUUUAGGAAACAGCUACGUCAUGGCCUUCCAAGCGUUAGCUGUUAGCAGCGAGGCUUACUUUAGCGCGGUGGCUAAGAUGGGCGACCAGGCGCUCCACACGCUGUCCUCACGCUCUCUGGGGGACGUCCUGGUCCAGAUCUCAGAGACGCAGAGGAGACUCACGGCAGAGAUGGAGGGAGUGUUCCGAUGGUUCCAGAUCGAGGUGCUACAAGCCAUGGAGAAGAACGUCCAGCUGGAUGAGGAGUACAUCGAUGGAAGCCGACGCGUGUACGAGCUGGAGGUGAGGAACCAGGCCGAAGCUCUGGAGAAGCAGCUGAGACGAGGAGCCUACAGAGACUCUCUGGAGAACAGUGAGUACAUGGCCUACCUGAGGCAGAGCCAGCAGGAGAUCCUGAAGGAGGAGGAGAGGAGGUAUCGCUUCCUGGCAGAGAAGCACUGUGGCCUCACUCAGUCCCUGCUGUUCCUCAUAAACAAGACCGGAGCUUCUCUCCAGCAGAAGGCAGACGGAUGGAAGGAGAAGGUCAACGAGACCCGAGGGUCCAGACCUCGGACCCCUACCCACGUGGACCAAGAGGCUCAGCUGCGAGGCUCCGUCUGCUCCCUCCUGCAGACCGUGGCCAGAGACGAGGACAUGUCGUGGGCCCGCAGGGAGCAGCAGGCUCUGGGCAGGGUGCCCUCUAGAGCUCCGUCUCCCCUCCCCAGCCGCUCCCGCUCCAGCUCGGUGGGGGAGUCCCUGGGUCUGGGAGGGGGGAGGGCCAUGAGGGCGCUGGUGUCUCACCCGUCCUCCUCCAACCCGAAGCUCCUCCCCUUUAACCGGGGGGAGAGCGUCACGGUUCUGGUCCUGGAGCCACGUAACGGCUGGCUGUACGGACGCACGGACAGCAGCCUGCGUCAGGGCUGGUUUCCUGCGGCCUACGUUUCCCCCGUGGAGGAGUCCUGCAGCACGUUGUCCACCAGCGGGGGCUCGCUCCGGAGCCACAGCAUGAACAACCUGCUGGGCCCCAGCGACGCCUGCACCGACCAAUCGGAGGGCAGGAGCUCCGGCGACGUCCCGCCUCCAGCCACGCCGGACCGCAGGGCCUCCGUGGAAACCCGGCCGAGCCCCCCCCUCCCGGAGAGAAGGCCGGAGUCAGGGUACGAGGAGCAGCCUCCUCCUCCUCCUCUUCCUCACACGAGGAGCUCCGGGGACCAGCGGGCGGCGUCUCCGCUGCCGGACCGCAGGCCCGAGUCGGAGCCCCAGGCGCUGUCCCCGCACGGGCCUCCUGAAAACCUGCUGUUUCCAAGAGGAACCAACCCGUUCUCCACCGUGAAGCUUCGUCCUACGACCACUGAUGACAGAUCUUCUCCUCACCUGCUGUGAGGAGAAGGAGGAGGAGGCCCAGGAGGUGGAGGUGUAAAAUAAAUUGGCAUACAUCAGAAUGCACACCAGUAUCAAGAGGACGUUGAAAUGGAGGGUCUUAAAUAUUUGGGAAUCAGAAAACAUUGACUCUAUUAAUAUGGACCCAAAAACAAAAGGUAGACAAAUGGAAAUUGAUCAAUUUGACCUCAAAUUAAUAUUAUUAAGAUGAUGAUUGAACUACAUUUCCAUGAUGUAACCAUCUCUGAAGGGAUCUUUAAAGAAUAUAAUCACUUAUAACAAAAAAAACUAGCUGAAGGAUGUAGAAGAACAUCUGAGAACCUUAAAGGAAAACAGUUACAGAAGAAAGGGGAUUUCUGGAAGUAUCUCCAGCUGAGGAGCAGCAAAGGGAAGAUGUUUGGACUGAAAAGAGCAAAGAAGGUAAAAAACAGAAUUCAAGAAUUUCUCAAUGCUUCAAGCUCUUCACACGUUGCCUCAACAUUCAACAGGAAAAUAUCAAAUAUUCAAAUUAGAAUGUGUGAAGGCCUGAGACUGACCUCAGCCAGGAGAUCAGAGGAGAUCAUCCAAUGCAGCUUCAUCCAGUAUCAAAUGGUACAGAAAAGCAUUACAUGUUGGAAAUGUAAUAAAGAAAUGGGCACUUUGUACCUGUGGGGAUGUUGUGAGGAGGAGUCUCCCCAGGACCAACGAAGCCUUUCAUGUACAAGCUUCAUUGUGGCAGCAAGAAAGGAUGUGUGUGUGUGUGUGUGUGUGUGUGUGUGUGUGUGUGUGUGUGUGUGUGUGUGUGUGUGAGGAGGAGGUUGGAAAAAGGCACGUCGAGGUCAAAUCAGGCCCUGGGGGAGGAAUUUUAUCUCUAGUUUUUUACUUUUUACUUUUUCUUCUUAUUUUUCUCUUCUUAUUGUUUUUUUGUUGCAUUUUUUUAUUUCACUUCUUAUUUCCUCUGUAUUUUGUUUAAAUGUUCAAGUGGGUGUGAGUGUGUUGGUGUAUGCGUGUGUGUAUGUGAGGGUGUGUGUAUAUUAUAAUAUUGUGUAGGCGUGUGUAUGUGCAUAUCUACGUAUGGGUGUACAUGCGCAUGUAUAUUAAUGAUAAUGGAUGGUUGAUUUUCAAUUGCAUAUCUGAAAAUCAAUUAAAGAACUGUUUUGAUCACAAAAGAAGAAGAAGAAGAGGAGGUGGAGGAGGACAGAGAGGAGGAGAAGGAAAACGUUAACUUUUGUUAAACCGAUGUGUGAUGUAGCUUAACGUAGCCUAUCUCAUCUUAACGUAGCCUAGCUUAGCUUAACGUACCCUAGCUUACCUUAACGUAGCCUAGCUUAGCUUAACGUACCCUAGCUUACCUUAACGUAGCCUAGCUUAGCUUAACGUACCCUAGCUUACCUUAACGUAGCCUAGCUUAGCUUAACGUACCCUAGCUUACCUUAACGUAGCCUAGCUUACCUUAACGUACCCUAGCUUAGCUUAACGUAGCAUAGCUUACCUUAACGUAGCCUAGCUUAGCUUAACGUACCCUAGCUUACCUUAACGUAGCCUAGCUUACCUUAACGUACCCUAGCUUAGCUUAACGUAGCAUAGCUUACCUUAACGUACCCUAGCUUAGCUUAACGUAGCCUAGCUUAGCUUAAUGUAGCCUAGCUUACCUUAACAUACCCUAGCUUAUCUUAACGUAGCCUAGCUUACCUUAACGUACCCUAGCUUAGCUUAACAUAGCCUAGCUUAGUUUAACGUAACCUAGCUUAGCUUAACGUAGCCUAGCUUAGAUUAACAUAUCUUAGUUUAGCUUAAUGGAGCUUAGUUUAGCUUGUUGAAAGUGAGACACUUGAUAGACACUCAAAGGAAAUAUAAAAUUAUUUUUUCUAAACUAACAGUCAGGAAGCAGCUUUAGCAGACUAUGACCUCAUGCUAAGCUAACGCUACCUGUGGGUGCAUAUCAAUCAUCGC